GAGACAACCCAGCUAAAAGCCUUUCCAAGAGAAGAGCUACUGGGGAUCGGGAGAUGCCAUCGAAGCGCAAUUCGUCGCUUGCAGAGCAGCUUGCAUCGCUCGAUACACCGGCGCCUGCUGACUUUGAUCCAGAGGCACUCGAAGCAGACGGACCCGAUGAUGAACAGGAGGAUGGGAGUGCUAGCGAAGAGGACGAUGCAGAGGCAGAGCGGAGCCAUUAUGUGACGGUUGGCAAGUCCAAGCUUCGUCAAGAGCUGGAUGAACGGCCCGUUUCUGCUGCUUACAAGGGCACAAAGACGAGUCGCAAGGAUAUUUAUUCAGAAGAUGAGGAGGAAGAGGGUAGUGAAGGCUCAGAAGAUGGCAGCGAUGACAUGAUUCAAGACGAUGAAGAGUCUGGACAGUCGGAUGAAAGCUCAAACGAAGACCAAAGCGACUUUCCCCAGUCGGAGGCUUCGUCAGAAACGGAAGAGGAUAAUUCUGAAGAUGAGCGACAAGCGGCUGAGCUUAAAAAGAUGCUGGCCGAUGAUGAAAAGGCACUCGUACAGUCUGUCGUCAAGACAGCCACAGAUGACGCCGCAAAGGGACGUGCGGUGAAGAAGCAGCUCGGCGUAUACGAUGCUCUUCUCGACGCGCGCAUCAAAAUGCAAAAAGCAAUACAAGCAGUCAACAGUGGUCCAGUGACUGGUGAUACAAAAGCAGCUGAACGUGCCGCUCUACAAGUUCUUGACAUGAUAUCCAGUGUGCGGGCUGCUUUUGCCACUCAAGAUCUGCCAUCUCCUGUAACUCGCCGGAAACGCAAGCUUGCAGAAAUAGAAGAGCCAAGCAAUGUGACGCUUUCUGAAAUCUGGGAGAACCUGCAAGCUCAAGACGACGCCCUUGCGAGCUGGCGUGAUGCGACACUUGUCAAGUGGUCCAACAAGAUCCAGUCAGCAAAUGCCAUCGACCGCUCCAAAAAGUUCAAAGUGCUGCAGCAAGGUAUUCUGCAGCAGGUUAAGGAAUCGAGAUCAGACCGCGACAAACUCCUCCGUCGUACGCAAAUCAACAGGCAGCAAGGCAAUGCCGUGCAAGAGGACAUCUUUGACGAUGGCGACUUUUACAGCGAGAUGUUGAAAGAUCUGAUUGACUCUCGCAUGCUCGAUAGUGGUACUGCAGCAACAAAUACAGGUGGUGUUCGUUGGCUCUCCACAAAAGUCGCAAAGCAGAAGCGCGAGAAUGUCGACACACGCGCUAGUAAAGGUCGGAAACUUCGGUACCACGUUCACGAAAAGCUACAAAACUUCAUGGCGCCAAUACCUUCUGGUACCUGGCACGAAGAACAGGUGGAUGAGCUGUUUGGCUCAUUGUUUGGACAACGUAUGCGUGUCAACUCUGAUGAGAGCAGUAGCGAGGACGAGGACUUAGAUCGGCCGUCGGAAGCUAUCGAGGUUGGUGACGACUUCAAGCUGUUUGGAUAGUCCGCCGCGCCUCAUUUGCGCGUCCUUCCUUCUAUCACAUGUAGUAUACAGUAGAAUGCAGCAUUUCCAACCC